UGGCAUUUGAAACCGCCCAAUCAGAAGCGCGCGCUAGGGUUUGUUCCCUAAAGAGAGCGCUGAGGAAGAAGGCGGCAAGGAGCAACGGACGGUGGCCUGCGAGCGGACGACAAGAUGACCGGGUCUAAUGAGUUCAAGUUGAACCAGCCUCCAGAAGAUGGCAUCUCCUCAGUGAAGUUCAGUCCCAACACAUCCCAGUUCCUGCUGGUCUCUUCAUGGGAUACUUCGGUUCGGCUCUACGAUGUCCCAGCCAACACCAUGCGUCUCAAAUACCAACACACUGGCGCUGUCCUCGACUGUGCUUUCUAUGAUCCAACACAUGCUUGGAGUGGGGGAUUGGAUCAUCAGUUGAAAAUGCAUGACUUGAAUACUGAUCAAGAAAAUCUUGUUGGAACCCAUGACGCACCUAUUAGAUGUGUUGAAUAUUGCCCAGAGGUGAAUGUUAUGGUUACUGGAAGUUGGGAUCAAACAGUUAAAUUGUGGGAUCCCAGAACUCCUUGUAAUGCAGGAACUUUUUCUCAGCCAGAAAAGGUUUACACGCUCUCUGUGUCUGGAGACAGAUUAAUUGUGGGGACAGCUGGUCGAAGAGUAUUGGUAUGGGACUUGAGGAAUAUGGGCUAUGUGCAGCAGAGAAGAGAGUCUAGUCUGAAAUACCAGACUCGUUGCAUACGAGCAUUUCCAAACAAGCAGGGCUAUGUGUUAAGCUCUAUUGAAGGCCGAGUGGCAGUUGAAUAUUUGGAUCCAAGUCCUGAGGUACAGAAGAAGAAAUAUGCAUUCAAGUGUCACAGACUAAAAGAAAACAAUAUUGAGCAGAUUUAUCCUGUCAAUGCCAUUUCCUUUCACAACAUUCACAACACAUUUGCUACAGGUGGAUCUGAUGGAUUUGUUAAUAUUUGGGAUCCUUUCAACAAAAAACGAUUGUGCCAAUUCCAUCGAUAUCCCACUAGCAUAGCAUCACUUGCCUUUAGUAAUGAUGGGACCACACUUGCAAUAGCAUCAUCAUAUAUGUAUGAAAUGGAUGACACUGAACAUCCUGAAGAUGGUAUCUUCAUUCGCCAAGUGACAGAUGCAGAAACAAAACCCAAGGAAACUGGGUCUCAGAAAGGUUUGGAGUGAUUUACCCCUGACCCCAGAAGGAAGAAGAGAAGUCAUCAGUGGUCACAAGGACAGUAGCUCAGGCUUGGCUUCAUGUUCCCCACCUCCUGUUUACUGAACUUGAAACUGUCUAACAAUAUAUCUGUUAACGAACAAUACUUAUAUAGUGCUAUAAAAACUGAUAUUUAGUGUUUGGCUUACCUGCUGUUUCUUUGCUUCAUUCAGUCACUUGUGCUAGACUCAGUAAUGUUUGCAUCUUCAUGACAGAGGAACACAGAAAAGAUAGGGGAGAGAAUUAGAAACAUAACAAUUUUAUUUAUGUUGUAUAAAUCACUUUUGUCACAACAACUCUGUGAAGUAGGUAAUAGUUCAGGAAUUAUCUUCAUUUUAUAGGCUUAUAGAAUUGGAAAGGACCUUAGAGAGUCAUUUGGUCCAAUCCUUUAUUUUACAAAUGGGGAAAAGGUAACCCAGAUAGAAGAAAGGACCUAACAAAAACCACAUAGAUGCCAGAAUUGGGAUUCAGGGUUUUUUUAUAUAGUUCUGUAAUGUAAAUGUAUUUAGAAUAGGAUAAUGAAAUUUGCAGAGUUUAAAGAUCUUACCCAUAGGCACAAAGUUGAAUACUUAGUGCUGGAAUCAGCAUUCAGACCUAAGUCUUUCCAUCUUGUCUGUGUUAGUUUCUCACACAUAUUCAUCUUUGACUAGAGCUGAAAUUUAAGGGACAUGUAUUUGGACAGCUUUGUAUUCUGUGCAUUAAAGAUAUAGAAGAGUCUAAAAAUUACAACUACUAUCUUUAAAAAAACAACAACAAAACUUUUCUUUUUUUUUAAUGACAAGGCCAGGUAACAAAACAGUGGAAACAAAUAAAUACAUAAAUGCCAAAUUGAAAGAAAGUGGAAUUAAUCAUUGUCUUCCUUUACCUUCAAAGAAAGUAUGUGUAUGAGCAGCUUUGUAGAGGGACUUGAUUUUCUGAAGCCUUAGUCCCUAGAAAUGUAAUUGGACCUUCCUUUCCUAAUUAUGAUAUUGAUUAUUGUUAACUCUGCUUUGCACUACAGGUUGGUUUUUUUUGUUUGUUUGUUUGUUUGUUUUUUAAUAUCUGAGGCAAUUAAGUGACUUGCCCAGGGUCACAUAAUCUAGGAAGUAUUAAGUGUCUGAGGUCAGAUUUGAACUCAGGUCCUCCUGACUUCAAGACAGGUACUCUAUCCACUGUGCCAUCUAGCUGUUCCCCAAUAUAGUUUUAAAGAAAUCCCAUUUCUUUUUUCUGCUUCAUUCAUUCAUUUAUUUAUUUAUUUAUUUAUUUAUUUAUUUUUAGCAGGAAAGAUGAAGAUAGUAAAUGAAUUAAUUUCUGUUAUAAUGUGAUUUGGCAAUUAAUAAAAGCAAAAAUGCCAGUGGGAAAGGCUUUGGUAUCUGUUUUACUGACUAGGAAACUAUGACAUUUUGCUAUAUUAAAGGCCAAUCCUCAGGUAUGUCAUAAUUUUGAUUUUGAGUGAACAUUGGGUCAAAAUAUCUCUGUAGAAAAAAAAAAUGGAUGCAGCAUCCUAAGCUUCAGAAUCUUUCAUCUAUUAUUUAUCCUCUAUCACAGUCUUGAGAAGAUACAAUUAAAAAAGGGGCAAUUCUUUUUUUCAAAUCAGUUUCUAUUAUUAUGUGAGAUUAUGACUCAUUCUAAAACCUGGUAUCCAGGAGAGACACCCCCAUUUCUGCAGCUCCUUUCAACAGUUGUUUGUGGCAGUUUCAGCCUCUUUCUGCCUCUGAAGCUCUUUAUUUUUAAAGCAAGGCAGACGAGGCCUAAAAUUAUUCCAUUAAAGAGGGGCAAUUUUUGUAAUGGGACUUAGAGUGCUCUGCAGAAGUGCAGGCAAGUUUCUUCAAUAUCCUGAGCAUUAUUCACUCAUUUAGUUAAAUGAUGUUUCUAAUUCCCUGGUAAUUACAUGUAAUGAGGCACUUUUUCUCUUCUUGAUGAGACUUUAGCUUAAUAUGAGAUGGCAUAUUUUUUUCUUCCCUUUUUUUCAUGGGGAUAAUUACCCCUGCCUAGGAAAAGCAGGGUUUGUUGUGCAGAAUAUAGCAAAUUAUUUUAUUUCCUGCCAUCUUGACUGCCAGUAAAUUAUAAAAUUAAGUUUCAGUGGAACAUUAGCACCAUUUUGGGAAAGGCUUGAGACUUUUUUUUUUUUAAAUUCAUGUACUGCUGUCCUCUGGGAUCAUAGGGGCCAUUAUUCAUAGAAUAGAUGUUUUUCUGCCAAUUCCAAGUAUUCAGAUGUAUUAAGGCUGCAACAUAGAUUUGAUUUUCUGGAUGCUAUCCAGUAUAGAAUGUUCUUGUAAUUUUCUUUGUGCUCAGGUAAUUAUCAUUAUGAAGUUAAGUAAUAUGUUCCUUCAGCCAUCCUCCCCCCAUCACACCCUCCCUUUUCUCCAUUUAUAUCUCAAAUUACUUUUGUGUGUGUGUUGUACUUCAAUUACAUACAAAACUAUAUUUGAAUCACACUAAGGUGGUGACACUGACUAUUAAUAGACAGGAAGAAGUUCAGAGUUAAUAUAGACACUACUUAACUUUACCUGCUUUAAAAAAAAAAAAGACAUAAAGAAAAAAUAUAUAGCAUUAAUUAAGGACAGUGUCAUAUUGAAUUUUUAAUUUCCUGGGCUCACUUUUUAUUAGGAAUUUUAAAAAGUUUUUUUGGAGAGGAGAGUUAGAUUUUUAAUUUUCAAGAACAAUAUUUCAAUAAGAAAUAAUUAAAAGAGCAUGUUUCAACAUAGUCAUGCUUUACUGUUUCUCAAAAGAUACAUCUGAAGAUUUUCUUAGUCUGCUACCUACUUAUUUGCAUAUUUCAGACUUGUAAAUAUUUACCAAUAAUAUAUCCCUUCACAAUUUUUUAGAAAUGUUCCAUUUCUCUAGGGGCAGUGCAAGUUGUUGAAGAAAUAAAGUCCCUGUGUUAUGACUAGUUGAUGCACUGGGCUUAGAGUCAGAAGAUCUCUAUUUAAAGCUCUGAUAUUUAUUAGCCAUGUGAAUUUGGGCAAAGUACUGAAAGGCAACAACUGUAUGUAAUUCAUUUUUUUGUUUCCCCCUAUGUUCAGCAAAAUGCCUUCUUAUUGACAUACAAUAAAUGUUUGUUGAAUGAAUAAAUAA